AAAGCGCGGGGCGGGGCUAAAGAGACAGCCUGUUUUUCCUCAAGUAGGAUCGCGGGACCACAGGUUUAAUUAUAAACGCCAGUCUCUCGCCACGGCGCUCCUCCCCCUCAGUCUCACUGGUCCUGCCGGCCGUUGCGUGAAAGGGGGACUCAGUCGUCACUGGCAGCGGUUGAAUGGAGGCUCUUUGCCCCGCGCCCUCACGGUAGAUGAAGUCCUUGCUUUGGUCAGAGCGAUAGCUUCUCCGAUUGGCUUAGAGCAAGCCGACUACAUUUCCCAGGGGGCUGCGGGACUGCCGGGAGGAGUGGGGGCGGUGCCUCACGUCUGGUACAGUCACCACAAGCCUGUUCGGCGGGACUGUGAUGGCCAGAGAGAUGACGAUCUUAGGAUCGGCUGUUUUGACUCUCCUGUUGGCCGGCUAUUUGGCACAACAGUAUUUACCAUUGCCUACUCCUAAAGUGAUUGGUAUUGAUCUUGGCACCACCUAUUGUUCUGUUGGGGUGUUUUUUCCUGGCACAGGAAAAGUAAAGGUGAUUCCAGAUGAAAAUGGGCAUAUCAGCAUACCCAGCAUGGUGUCUUUUACUGACAAUGAUGUAUAUGUGGGAUAUGAAAGUGUAGAGCUGGCAGAUUCAAAUCCUCAAAACACAAUAUAUGAUGCCAAAAGAUUCAUAGGCAAGAUUUUUACCCCAGAAGAGUUGGAGGCUGAAAUUGGCAGAUACCCAUUUAAGGUUUUAAACAAAAAUGGAAUGGUUGAGUUUUCUGUGACAAGUAAUGAGACCAUCACGGUGUCCCCAGAAUAUGUUGGCUCUCGACUAUUGUUGAAGUUAAAGGAAAUGGCAGAGGCAUAUCUUGGAAUGCCAGUUGCCAAUGCUGUCAUUUCUGUACCAGCAGAAUUUGAUCUAAAACAGAGAAAUUCAACAAUUGAAGCUGCUAACCUUGCAGGACUGAAGAUUUUGAGGGUAAUAAAUGAACCCACAGCAGCAGCUAUGGCCUAUGGUCUCCACAAGGCUGACGUCUUCCACGUCUUGGUGAUAGACUUGGGUGGAGGAACUCUAGAUGUGUCUUUACUGAAUAAACAAGGAGGGAUGUUUCUAACCCGAGCAAUGUCUGGAAACAAUAAACUUGGAGGACAGGACUUCAAUCAGAGAUUGCUUCAGUACUUAUAUAAACAGAUCUAUCAAACGUAUGGCUUCGUGCCCUCUAGGAAAGAGGAAAUCCACAGAUUGAGACAAGCUGUGGAAAUGGUCAAAUUAAAUCUGACUCUUCAUCAAUCUGCUCAGUUGUCAGUAUUACUAACGGUGGAGGAGCAGGACAGGAAGGAACCUCACAGUAGUGACACUGAACUGCCAAAAGACAAACUUUCCUCAGCAGAUGACCAUCGUGUGAACAGUGGGUUUGGACGUGGCCUUUCUGAUAAGAAAAGUGGAGAAAGUCAGGUUUUAUUUGAAACAGAAAUAUCACGGAAACUCUUUGAUACCCUUAAUGAAGACCUCUUUCAGAAAAUACUGGUACCCAUUCAGCAAGUAUUGAAAGAAGGCCACCUGGAAAAGACUGAGAUUGAUGAGGUGGUUUUAGUUGGGGGCUCCACUCGUAUUCCUCGGAUCCGUCAAGUCAUUCAAGAGUUCUUUGGAAAAGAUCCCAACACAUCUGUAGACCCUGACCUAGCAGUGGUAACGGGAGUGGCUAUCCAAGCAGGGAUUGAUGGAGGCUCUUGGCCUCUCCAAGUCAGUGCUUUAGAAAUUCCCAAUAAGCAUUUACAAAAAACCAACUUCAACUGAAUUCUGCAGAAAUAAUGGUUAUUUGUGAUCGUGUCUGAUGAUCUCUUCCCAUUUAUCAGAUUACCUUUUCCACAAAAGAAAGUCUCUAAAAUAUCACAGAUUUACCUAGAGGGCAACAUUUAGAUACAGGAAAAUUUUACAUAGUGUUUUGUCUUAGGAUUAGACAUGACCAGAUGGAUCCUAUUUGAUUUUGGAGAGAUACUAUUCUAACAAAUACUCUAAAAUGAUAAAAUUGAGGUACAACUCUCUUACAAGAGUAUGGAUAACUGUAUUUUCUGGAUUCUGGAGGUUGAUAACCAUAUGCACUUAACAUUAUAUUCUAUAAACAUUAAGUAGUGCCAGUUAUGAGAUUCCCAGUUCUUACUAAAUUGUAUUAGCAGGAGCUGGUAAUUACUUGUAUUAUCACAUGUAACUAAUAAUUUGAACUAUACUUGAAGGACCGUGUUGAUGUCAGGUAUUUACAGUGGUUGGAAGAUAGCAGUAUUAUUAGCAUAAGCUGCAUACGUAAUAUUCAGUAACUGCCAUAUUAUAUAACAAAUUUACAUUCACAAAUUCAGUAUCCUGUUAAGUGUCAUAUUCUUGUAAUCUGCAUUCUCCAGGAGUUUUAUGUGUUUAAUAGAUGAAUUUAUUUUAUUUCUAAAGGUAUUCAAAUGUUUCAGCACCAUAUAGUAGAAAUAACCAAUUAUAUUCUAGUUCCUUUAUGUCCUGUACAUCAUUCUCUGCUUGGAUUUCCAUUAUUCUGUUUGGUUAGAGAAUAAAAUUGGUAAUUGCAUUUGAAGAAUGUGUUAAUGUCAUAAUAAAGCCAUGAUUGCUAUCUUAUUUUUGUUAUCCAAGACCUUUGCAAACAUUGGCAAAUAGCAUCAAUUACCUACUGUAUUUGUUUCUUUGUUUAUAUUUUCAGUAAGCCCUGGGGAAUAUGGCAUGGAAUUGAGCUACUAAAUGGUUUUGGUUCCGUUUUACUGAGAUUUUUCCUCAUAUUUAGUUUUGAAUGAGGAAAAUGUGCUCAAUUAUAAAAGCUGUGUUAUUGUUUUCUAUUAUUAUUUUUAAAUAGCCACACUUGGACUCUUUUCAAACAUUAGGUUAGUUUGUGAUGAGAGCAAAAAAUUUGUGAAUACUGGAAGUAACGUGGAAAUCUAAUGUGGAAGCCAUUGUGGCAAGGUUUCUACAAAUCGGCAUUUGUAGCAGAGUUGUUUGUUUUUGUUGUUUGUUUCCUUUAAGAAAAACCACAGGGACCAAGAAAGAAAAUAUAACAGUUUGAUUUCUGUCAUACCCAUUGUAUUUGAAGAUAUAUGGAUACAGAUUAUAUAUAUAUAUAUACAUAUUUUCCUUAAUAGAGGAAUGCUUCAUAUUAUUCAAAAAUUAUAUCCUGGUCACCUUUUUUUGUUUUUUUACUGUAAAGUAUCUCUGCUUUAUCCAUUGCUGAAUUUGAUAGGAUGUUGAAUUGCCGGUCACCAAAAAAGGAAACUGAGCAAAUUCAUUUCAACAACAUCAAAACAUUUCAGCUUCUCAUAGUAAAAAGCUGAAUGUUACUCAUAUUUUUCAUAUCUAAAAAAAAAAUUCUUAGCAGUGAAAUUGCUGUUAAAACACAAAUUUCAAUCAAAUACUUUUGUGUGUAGAAAAUAUCUAUAGUAGGUAGAUAGAAAAGUAUAAAAUGUUUGUUGAAGUAUCUUAUUUUAGAAUGAAUGGAGAAAUGCCAAAGAUGAAUCCUUCACUGCAUUAUGAAAAUAUUUCACAUGUUCUCUUGGACUUUAUAUAAAUCUGUAAUAGAUUUUAGAAUUGAAAAAUUCUUUGUGAAGGUCUUCUAAAAGUGUUCCAAUUUAUCUCAAAAUCUCCAUAUAUAGGAUCAGCUUAAAACGUAAAGAAAACCUUGAAUUUCUCAAAUGUUUGAGAUGUUCAAGACAGUCUCUUAAUCCAUUAAUGCUUUUGGAAACAAUUGGCAAAAUAGGGCAGGCAGCUAAUCUCAUGUCCUGAAGUUGGAAUUUAAAUAAUUCCUAUUUGCAAAUUAGAAUGACAGUGUUGGAAUUUGGAGGCAGUAGUUGAGCAUAUUCUCUAGUAUAUAGCUACACCUUUAAUAAAAUGAAGGAAUGUCUUCAAUCAUAUUUUAGUGGGCUAUUUAUAAAUAGUCUUGAAGUCAAUUUAGUUUAUUUAUUUAAAAGAUAAUGCAUCCUGAAAGGGAUCAUUUAUGAAUAACAAUCUGAAGUCUUUUCAUAAAAAAAAUUAAUAAACUUUAGUUGUACAUUUAGCCAGUGUUAUUUGAAGUAUGUAACUUUUAAAAUAUUAAGUGUCUUGUAUGAUUAGAAUAUGUGAAUGAGUAACUUAUUUUGUAUCAGGAAUGUUUUGGUACUGUGUUUUCACUCAAACCACUGACUUAACAGAUACUGCUGUGUAUAACAUGUACUAAAUAUUACAGUUAUUGUGCAUAACAGAUUGUUCCUCUUAUAUUUGUGUGUAUACAGGCAAUUCAUGUUUUAAUGUAAAUAAAUACCAUUUUGCAGUUUGUUUUUUAAA